AUGACGGACAAUUUGGCGUGGCGCCUCGUGUCCGAGAAGGACAUCGACACGCUGGCGGCCAUUCACGACGCGGUCGCGUGCCGACAAAUUUUCUACGACAUCUUCUCCUUCCAAGGCAUGGCGUCGACGACAGGCGCGCCAUUGGACUUGCUCCUCGACAUGUAUCUGUACCUGUAUGUGUUUUGCAAAGAGCGCGAGCUAACCCCACUCAAGACGUCCGUGGUGCUGGCGAUCAUGCACCGAGUGAUCCAGCGUGACUUGUUCUUGCAGUCAUCGGACCAUGGAAAGCAGGCGCCGUGGACGCUCCCCGACAGCUUCGACCACUUCCAGUCCCUUCUCCUCCAACACAGUGUCGAAAGACCACCCAUCAGCACAGGCAUAUUCAACGCAGCCGAUGUCGCGUCCACUGUUGAAUAUGUCACACACAGCUAUUACCGCCAUUUCAACCUUUACCAAGUGAUUUUCAUUCCCCAAACGCACGUUUCGAUUGUCCAGGCCCAUGACACCCCUUCAGCAUGCAAUAUUGCUUCGUACGAAGGAGCCGACACCCCCGGCAACCCAAGACCGCUCUGA